AUGGCUUAUUCUGACUUGGUACCUGUUGGCACCGUGCUCAUCAUCUCCGCAACAUCCUUUGCUUUGGGUGCCAUCUACGGCAACUUGCCUUAUGAUUUCUACACCUUGUGGAGUUACGACGAAAAUGGAUUCCAAAACUCGUUGGCUCACUACAUUGCUUGGGCCAACGCCCCAAUGAGAGUGCACUACAUUUUGCAUUUUGUAAUUUUCCUUGGUUUACUUGGGUGCUUCAUCAAGUUGUAUAAACCUCACCCUGAUGUCAAGUACUUUGAGUACGCUACCUUGGCAUUGAUGAUGGUGGGUGUGGUGAUCUACUUGACCAACUUGAGAAUUGGAAUCAACAGUGCUUUGGCUGGCAACUGGGGUGACGUGGACAUGAAAACAGGUAUUAAUGUUGUUGCUGCUUCGCAGUUCAUGAUGGUCAUUGCCUUGGGUGGAGUUUUGUUCUUGCAGGGUGGUUUGUACUAUGCUGAGUACACUGAGCGUAAGUUGCGUGAGGAUUUCUUUGCUAAAGAGAAGGCUGCUGCUGCUGCUGCUGCUGCUACUCCUGUCGUAGCUGAGGCUUCUGCUGAGGCUUCUGGUGCUCAGGCCAAGAAAACCAAGGCUAAGAAGAGAGCGUAA